AUGAACCAUAUGAAACCGGCAGUGGAGACUAAAUCUCUAGAAUGUUAUUUACCACAUCACGGCGUCCUAAAAUUUGACUCUAACACUACCAAAUUACGAGCUGUUUUUAAUGCAUCGGAAAAAACAUCGACUGGCUUUAGCUUGAAUGACUUAAUGGAGUGCGGCCCUAAACUGCAACGUGAUAUACUGGAAUUAUUAUUAAGUUGGCGUGCUUACAAAUACGUAUAUACAGCAGAUUGUGAAAAGAUGUAUCGUAUGAUCAAGGUACAAGAGGAUGACCAGCAACUCCAGAAGAUUAUAUGGCGGAACGAACAAGGCACUAUGCAAGAAUUUCAAUUAUGCACCGUCACAUAUGGUAUGAAAGCUGCACCUUACUUGGCUCUCAGAACGAUGCAGCAGUUAGCAAGUGAUGACGCUGACGUUUACCCUAUAGCAGCUGAGAUCUUGAAGAAGAGAUUCUAUGUUGAUGAUUUGAUAUAUGGUAGCAACAAGAUCGAGGAAGCAAAACAAGCGCAACGCCAAUUAAUUGAUAUAUUACGAGGAGGCGGUUUCAACUUGAGAAAAUGGUCCAGCAAUGAACCCAGACUCCUGGAAGAUUAUCUAACGACCAAAUUAAUGUCUCUACUGUCAACUUCAACGACAGCUCAUCAUCAUCAACUAAGGCAUUAG